GAGCGGGUGAAGGGGUGCCCUACUUUAUGAAACGCAAGGCGGUAAGGGAGUUCCAGUUUGAGUCAAUACCCGCCGUGGCCACUGCGGGGAGACGCUCCCUCUGCUACCCACCGGAUUGCUGGAUUCGUCGUCUACACAUCACACAAACAUUAAACAGGUGGUCAGAUAUACACAUCUUAGCCCCUCCACUAUGGAGAAAAGGUGAAGAAUCUCGAUAACGUCUUUUCGGAUACAAUCUAUAAAAGGCCAGAGAGAAUUCAUGUCGAAGCGAACGGGGGAAAGUAUCAUCGCACCUUGAGUUUUCUUCUGGAUCCGUGUGUGGAUAUAUCGGAAAUAAAACUAUGAAAGUGACGGUGUGUUUCGGUCGGACCAGGGUGGUGGUUCCGUGUGGAAAUGGGAAUAUUAAAGUGCACAGUUUGAUUCAGCAAGCCGUCAUGAGGUACAAAAAAGCCAUCGCGAAGGACCCAGGUUAUUGGCUGCAGGUGCACCGUUUGGAACACGGCGAUGGCGGGAUUCUGGACGUGGACGAUGUUCUGAGUGAUGUCGCUGAUGACAAAGACCGGCUGGUUGCCGUGUACGAUGAGCAGGACCCCCACCAUGGCGGAGACGGCACCAGUGCCAGCUCCACUGGCACCCAGAGCCCUGAGCUCAGCCCCAACAUGUCCGCCUUCCUGCCCUACCAGCCCGCCAGCGAGAUCGAGGUCACGCCCUCUGCACUCAGGACAAUUGUUUCAAUGGAGGAAGAAGGGAGGGAGGAGGAGAACGGGGAGUCCGGGCGGAGGGAACCGGUGGGGCGGGACGACUCCAGCCAGGACCACACCCCCAUCCGCUCGCUGGACGACGUUGUUCAGCUGGUCGAGGUGUCCAAUCGCGGCGGGCCUCUGGGGAUACAUGUAGUGCCUUUCAGUUCACGAGACCGCAGGACUCUGGGCUUGCUGGUGAAGCGCUUGGAGCGGGGGGGCAAGGCGGAGCAGGAGAGCCUGUUCCAGGAGAAUGACUGCAUCGUGCGCAUCAACAACGGUGACCUGCGCAACAUUCGCUUCGAACAGGCACAGCAGAUGUUCCGGGAGGCGAUGCGGUGUCCGGCCAUCUUGUUCCACGUGGUGCCGGCGGGUCAGAAGGUCCAGUACGAGCAGCUGAGCCAGAGCGCUCACUCUGGGCCCGACCGCUUCAGCCCCGAGGCCCAGCCUGGAGACCGGGGCAGUCUGAGCGGGGACCGGGGCAGUAUGAGCAGGGAGAGGGGCAGUUUGGGGGGGGAGAGGGGCAGUAUGAGCGGGGACCGGGGCAAGAGGGGCAGUAUGAGCGGGGACCAGGGCAGUUUGGGGGGAGAGAGGGGCAGUCUGAGUGGGGAGAGGGGCCUGUCAGGGGCACUGGACCACGCCCCCCAGAGAAUGUCCCGGACCGGGCCCCAGCCCCACCCCCAGCCGCAGCCGGGCGACGCCCACACCUCACUACCUCACAGCGCCGGCUCCGCCUCCAAGCCCCCCUCCGGCCACGCCCCCUCGCCGCUCAGAGCCGCAAGCUCCGCCCCUCCCGCCGGCUACGCCAAGAAGGUCGGCAGGAGACUCGGCAUCCAGCUGCAGAAAGGUCCGGAGGGUCUGGGGUUCAGCAUCACCUCUCGAGACGUGCCUGUCGGGGGGUCGGCCCCCAUCUACGUCAAAAACAUCCUCCCGCGUGGAGCCGCCAUUCAAGAUGGCCGCCUGCGGGCAGGGGACAGGCUGCUGGAGGUGAACGGGGUGGAUCUGCACGGCAGGACGCAGGAGGAAGUGGUGGCGCUGCUCCGAGCCACACAGAUGGGCGGGACCGUGAGCCUGCAGGUCAUCAGACAGGAGGAUGCCUUCCUGCCCCGGGAAGUGACUGCAGAGCACCAGAGGCAGAGCUCCAGAGAUCUGAAGCUGGAGGAGGAUGACCUGGUCCUGACCCCUGACGGGACGCGGGAGUUCCUGACGUUUGAGAUCCCGCUGAGCGAUUCUGGCUCGGCCGGGCUGGGCGUCAGCGUGAAAGGGAACCGGUCCAAGGAGAACCACUCGGACCUUGCAUCUUCGUCAAGUCAAUCAUCAACGGGGGGCGCGGCCUGCAAGGACGGCCGUCUCCGGGUGAAUGACCAGCUCAUUGCGGUGAAUGGAGAGUCUCUCCUGGGGAAGAGUAACCAGGAGGCCAUGGAGACGCUGCGGAGGUCCAUGUCCACGGAGGGCAACAAGCGCGGCACCAUCCAGCUCAUCGUGGCACGCAGGACCGACCCCCCCAGCAGCCCCUCCCGCCCCCCGGGGCUGCAGCCCGGAGCCUCCCUGUCCGAGCAGGAGCGGCGGGUAUCCCACUCCCUGUACGGACACAUCAAAGGGCUGGACGAGCACCUGACCCCACGGGGCCCUAUGAUUGGCCGGAUGAAGGGAAACCAGCCGCUGUCCCCCACAGUGAACAUGCCUCAGGAUGACACCGUCAUCAUUGAAGACGAUAGGCCACCUGUUCUGCCCGCCCACCUCUCCGACCAAUCAUCUUCCAGCUCCCACGAUGACAUCGGCUUCCCGGCCGAAGCACCUACUUCACCGUUGUUACACCAGACUGAGAGCCCACUGGUUCCGGACCCAGACGACCCAGACGGAGCGUUUCAGAGGGAGGGGUUUGGUCGGCAGAGCAUGUCAGAGAAACGCAUCAAGCAGUUUGGAGAUGCUGCUCAGCUGGAGAUCAUCAAGACCCGCAAGUCCAAGAGCAUGGACUUAGUAGCUGAUGAGAUUAACCUCAGUCCCCGCUCAGAGAAGAUGGCAGGCUCCCCUUCGCGGGACGUGGGCCCGGCUCUGGGCCUGAAGAAGUCCAGCUCUCUGGAGAGCCUGCAGACCGCCGUCGCCGAGGUAACGCUGAACGGAGACAUCCCGCUGCACCGGCCCCGCCCCCGCAUCAUCCGCGGGCGCGUCUGCAACGAGAGCUUCCGCGCCGCCAUCGACAAGUCCUACGACAAGCCCCCCACCGAGGACACAGACGGCAUGGAGACACUGGAGGAGGACACAGAGGAGAGCUCUCGGUCGGGGCGCGACUCCGUCUCCACACUGGCUGACCUCUCCCCCCUGCCCUGCGGCCCCCCGCUCCUGGAGAAGCAGGUGAAUGGCGGCCGGAUAAAGGAGGAGAAGAAGGAGAAGAAAGGGGGGAAGGAUAAGAAGAAGCAGGAGAAAGAGAGAGAGAAGGAGAGGGACAAGACCAAGGCCAAGAAGGGCAUGCUGAAAGGCCUGGGGGACAUGUUCAGGUUUGGGAAGCACCGUAAGGACGAGAGAACGGGAGAGAAGAUGGAGCGCAAAGGCUCCAGCAAAUCCAAGAUGGAGGACCCAGCAGCGUCUGACGAGGACACACUCCGCAUGCGGCUGGAGCAGGAGCGGAUCCAGGUGAAGAUGCGGGAGUUGAGGGAUCGUCAGGCCCGGGAGCGGGACUAUGCUGAGAUCCUGGAGGUCAGCCAGGAGGAGCACCCGUACGCAGGAAUCGGGCCCUACGACCCCUGCCUGACCCCCCGCGACCCCUCCCACCCCCAGCCCAGCGACACCCUCUACUCACAAGUUAGCAAGUCCCGAAACGGCCGCCCUCCCUCAGCUGACAGUAACCGGCUCACGCUUAGCAACCAUGACCGGAUACAGCGUCUGAGACAUGAGUUCCAGCAAGCUCAGCAGGGGGAGGAGCCAGAGGAGCGCCCACGCACAUACAGCUUCGAGCCCCCGCCCUGGGCCAGUGGGGGUAGCGCUGCAGGAGGCUCGUACAGGGCACAGACGGGGCGGCACUCUGUCUCUGUGGAGGUGCAGAGACAACGACAGGACGAGAGAGACGCCUUCCAGCAAGCCCAGCGACAGUACAGCUCCCUGCCACGGCAGCCUCGUAAGAACCCCAGCACAGUGUCGCAGGACUCCUGGGAUAGGGUGUAUCCUCCGGGGGACGGCUUCCAGACGGCGAAGGACAGCCCUCGGUACGCCAGCCUGCAGGGGAGGAGCGGCCGCCUGGGGGGCCUCGGGGGGGCCGGGCCGGGCGGCUUCAACGUGCGGGUCCUCCUGGAGACGCAGGAGCUCCUGAGACAGGAGCAGAGGAGGCGCAAGGAGUCCAAGCUGCUGCCCCCGCAGGAGAGCCUGUACCAGCCCUCUCAGGACACGCCCCACGGCUACCAGCUUUACCAGGCCCCGCCCCCGAACAGGCACCUGGACCCUGCCUCUGUCUCCAGCCCUAGCCACGCCCACAGCCCUGCCCCCUGUCCCAGCCCCGCCCCUCCCGCUAAAGGGCCCUUCCGCCAGGACGUCCCACCCUCCCCCUCCCAGCUGGCCCGACUGAAGCCCCGCCCCUUUUACUCCUGAGGGAGGGGCCUGAGGAACUG